CACAAUGUAUAAUAAAUGUGUCUAAAUUUGUUGUUAAUAUUCCGGAUUUGGAUAGUUUGUCUUACACAUUUAGACCCUUGAGCGACGCUCUUCCGGCAGCUUUGGAGAAAAUCAGCAAACGUAACACAAAACUACAUUAAUUUGGUCUUAUCGCACAAUAGCAUUUGUAGAUUAGUACCCAGAAGAUGCUAGAUCAAUCCACAGCGGCCAGUCAGUCGGAAGCACCGGCAAAACCAGUGAAGAAACGAGGAACAUGCUUCAGAAAUAUCGCCUACAUGGUUAUGCUUUAUAUGUACUUUGGAAUGAUGGGCAUUCUUCUCCGGCCAUACUUUCAUCCAUUGACAUUCUAUGGUGGAUCCAUGACUAUCGGAUUCAAUGUCAUAUUCUUGCUGUUCUUCAUAAGCUUCGUACGGUCUUCAAAUACUGACCCCGGGGUCGUUCCAGUCAACUGGGGAUUUUACAUGGGAGAUGACACAAAAAGAAGAAGAUAUUGCAAAGUCUGUAAUGUUUGGAAGCCUGAUAGGACACAUCAUUGCUCCGCAUGCAAUAGAUGUGUGCUCAAUAUGGAUCAUCAUUGCCCAUGGAUCAAUAACUGUGUUGGAUUCUACAAUCGUAAAUACUUUAUGCAAUUGCUGGUAUAUGCGGUUUUGGGUCUAAUGUUUACCGUGUUCCAUUCGAUAUGCUUUUUGAUAAACGAAACCUUCAUGGAAUCACCUCCAGCGGAACUCUACCCAAGUGCAAGUGAUACGGGAUUCAAGGCAGCCUCUUACAUUUAUGUCUGUGUUAUGAUCUUUGUUGGACUUGGGCUAAUCUUUGCUCUUAUUCCAUUCGUUCAAUUUCACUUUAGACUAGUUUUGAAGAAUUCUACGACAAUUGAAAAUAUGGAUGAAGCAUCCAGAGAUUCUGGAAUGUAUGAUAUGGGAAUUGGUGCAAAUUUACAGCAAGUUUUUGGCGUUAAUCCACUCUGUUGGUUUGCUCCAUGUAACCUUCCUUUGAACAGACCAGUUGGUGAUGGUGUAAGAUGGUCACAGUACUAUUAUACAAACAUCCCAAAUGAGCCUUAG